CUCUCGUAAGCUGUUGUUAAUAAACAGACUGAAAAAAACAAUUCAAAAAAGGAUGUUACAACAAUGCCAGGAUGACAUUUUAGGAUUUUAAAAUGUAGUUUGACCAAAAAUGAACGGAAAGCGAGCUGUUUGCUUGACCACGUAGAACAGCUUAGACGAAAACUUUCCGUCAUCUUCAGAGAGCCACGACGAGUUGAGACGUUUUCAACAUGUUAAAAAGAUUCAGCUUCAGACGGGAGAAGCAGGACAAAGACUUUAAACAUAUAGCUCCUGGUUUGAUCCCUGCAGCCUCCAUCGCUCCUAAAGCGGCCGUACCUCGAACCCCUCCCCCGCGAAGCCCCAACCCCUCACCCGAGAGACCCAGAUCAGCCUUAGCAGCAGCCAUCCUGUCUUCGUCACUCACUGGACAGACAUGGGCCAUCCCUCCUGCUCUGCCCAGGUCCUUCUCUGAGACCGAACAGUCAGAAACCUUCACAUCUGAGCCAAACUUCAGCACUGCACUUUACGCCAGAGACAGAUGGUCAGAGGAUCGGGCCAGCCGGUCACACCUGUCAUCCCCCGAGCACUCAGAGGGGGAGCUUGAAGACAGGGAAGAGGAUGUGGACAAUCGGGAAGACGGGGAGGAGGAACAUGUCUAUCAAACUCUGGACAGACGGGAACAUUUAGGAGUGUCAGAACGUGUCCGUGACCUGCCUGUAGAAGCAAAGUCCAGAACACCCCUGCCUGCUCAGAUGUCGGACAGAAGAGUGCCAUCUCCAGAUUUCACAGAGGAGUCAAGUGACCACUCUCCUGAGGCCACAGGAAAGAAAGAAUCUGUCAGAAAGAGUCCUGAAAACUGGAAGGAAGAUGUGCCAUUCAGGUCCUUGCCCCCCAUCCCAACCACUGACCACCCCAGACGUAGAAAAAGCUCAAAACACCUCACCCACUCCUCUCCAGAUCCCAGCAAAAUAUACAGUGAGGUGCAGAAGAGCAAAACCAGGAAGGGCGAUGAGCAAAAGAUGCUGGAAAAGAGACUGGAGCACCUGGAGCGGGAGAUCAGUCAGGGCCGAGCCUCCGCAAUCCAAAGCUCCUCCGCAGGCAGCCAGACAGAGCUGCAGACUCUGAGACAACAAGCCCAGGAGCUGGUGGAUGAGAACGACGCUCUGAAGUUGACAGUUCAUCGUCUGAACGUGGAGCUGAGCCACCACGAAACACGUUACGCAUUAUCCAAAGAGCAGGUGCAUGAAGACAGGAUGGAUGAAAAGGAUGCACUUCUGCAAACCGCUGAGUCAGCAGCUUCAGCAGCAGGCCCUCCUGGUUCUGCAGGAGAACCAGGUUCUAAAUGAUCAGCUGGAGGCUCAGCAUGUUAAGGCCAAGGCCAAUCACAGCAGACAACAAUCAGAAGUUACAAAAAUGUCCAAGCAGGUGAUGUUGUUGGAGGCAGAGAAGCAGCGUUUGCAGGAAGAGCUGGAGGAGAGCAGGAGGGAGGUGCAGAGACAUGUGAAGGAGGUCCAGGUCCUGCAGGCCCGCCUGAAGGACGCCGUCACCUGGGACGAACACUGCAGCCUUACAGGGAAACUUAGAAGACAGCUGGAGCAGGAGGAGAGCAAAAACAAGAGUGAAAUGGAYCGGCUACUUGUGAGAGUGUCCAGUCUGCGAGAAGAGAACAGGAGUCUGGCUCUGAGAAAAACCAAACUGAGCUCUGAUGUUAAAAUCCUGAAGGCUGAGCUGCAACUCUGCAGACAAGAUAACAGGAAGGCCGAGAGGAGGACGAGCACACUAAAGAGAGAAAAGGAAGACUGGCUGCUGCAGGAGGAGCAGGCUCGACAUUACCUGGGAGCUGUCAUGUCUGUGGCAGAGCACAUUUCCAAGGAGAGAGACCAGCUUUUGCACAUGACUUCAGUUCUUCAGCAGGAAAAGGAAGUGUUCGUCAGCAGGAUUCUGAAGGGCACGGUCCGAUUCAGCAAACUACAAGACCAGAUCAAAGUAUACCGGAGGCAGACGUCCACCAGGCUGGCAGCGUUGGAGGAGGCGGCGGAGGGGAGAACGGCUUCUUACCAGAGGGAGAUCCUUCACCUGCAGAGGCUGCUGAGGGAAAGACAGGAGGCUGAGGAGAAACUGCUGCAGUCCAAACGGGAGGUGGAGGAGGAGCUGGAGGUGGUGUGGCAGGCGGCGACGCGGGAGAACCAGCAGAUGUGUGAAACUCUGCAGGACUCGGAAGGGAGCGGCAACUCUGACCCUGCUCAGGUUUUAGAUAAGAUCACCAGAUCCUCCCAGCAUCCGUCCAAGCAUGGACUGGAUUUUUAUUGCUAAAAGACUUUAGGAAAAAGGUACAACCAGCAGCUGUGUUUGUGCUUGCAUCAUCAGCACCAUAGAGGAAGUGAUCGUUCUGCUCAGGUUGUCUUUGGUUUUGAAGAGCAACUUGUUUUCUAGAAUAUCCAUCGGUUUUCCUUACUCACUUCAUUAUGUGGAUAACAUCAACGUGGAUGUGGAUGUUCUCUACAACACACUGGGUUGUAGAGAACAAAACAGAGAAAACACAAAUAAUUAAAUUAAACUACUAACUUCCCUUUAAAAAAAUACAUAUCACCUGCCAACUUUCACACCAGUUUUAACGGCUUGUUUUGGCAAAACUUUGAAAACUGCAUUAUGCAAUAUUACAACAUCUACCACUCAGUUUGUGUUUUGAAUGACUCUCAGCCACUACCACAUCAGAUUUGACCUGUAACAUUGACUGAGUCAUGACCAUUUUUGGGUAAUCUAAGAUAGAUGAGUCAUGUCAGCUGUCUUUUACUGGGCUGACUUUAAAAGUUUAUCAGGUGUAAGCUUUACCACCAUUUUCUGAGAGUUUGAUUUGAAUCUAUCCACUACCAGGAGACACGAUGAAAUGUUUUGUUAACAGACAGACACUGAUAAAAAAGUUAUGCCCUGCUUUUUGCCUUAGCUGCAGGUGAAAUGAUCCAUGAGAAAAGAUGAGAAGUGAGGUGUAUAUUUUAACAUUUUUAAAAAAUAAUGACAGAGUGUGACAAUUUGCCUAGAAGAACUUGAGAGAAAUGUGAUGCAGGAGGGAAAAUUGUGACGUUCUCUGGAACAACAGAGCUGAUAGUGCCACCAACUGGACACGUGUGUGAAUGGUUGUCCUUUUUAUCAAGCUCAAAGUAAAUGAACUAGAAUAGGACAAAAACUGAAGCAACAUCAAUCAAACUGACUGAUUUAUUCAGAUGAAAGGAAAUGUUAACUCUACAGGGAUAAAUAGUUCAGGGUAAAGAAACUAUUUUAUACACAUAGAAGUGCCCAUUUAUAUUCUUAACUCUGUUUUUCUAGUAGUAAUUUUAUACGGAUCAGAAUGUUUUGUAUGUUUUGUGUUUCAGCCAGAGCUUUAUAGUGUUUUCUGUUUAAAUAAAAUGGUUUUUAACAUUUA